GUUACCAGAAUCCAAAUGGCUCUCUUGAAUAGACAAUUGGGUUUAUCCUUAACCCAUCUAAGCAGCGCAGUGAUCCAACGACACUUCAGUACCACUGGAGCAUGCCGAGCAAUACAGAAACUCACCCGUGUGCGAGUGGUGGACAACAGCGCCUUGGGGAACACACCGUACCACCGGCCACCAAAAUGUAUCCACGUGUAUAACAAGACCGGAGUUGGCAAACUAGGAGAUACAAUCCUUCUGGCUAUCAAAGGAGAAAAAAAGAAGGCUUUGAUUGUAGGGCACAAGAUGCCUGGGCCCCCCAUGACGCCUAGAUUUGAUUCCAACAAUGUGGUACUCAUAGAAGACAAUGGAAAUCCAAUAGGGACUAGGAUAAAAACACCAAUACCCUAUAUCCUGCGACAGAGAGAAGGAGAGUUCUCCAAAGUAUUGGCCAUUGCCCGCAACUUUGUGUGAAGGCUAAGAAGAUUUUCUGGCAAUCCUGCUUAUAUCCUUUCAUACAGGAGCUGUUCCUUGGUCCUUUUCUAGGAAAUGGUGAAAUGUGAAAAAGUUGAGGUUCAUCAAGAGUCUCUCUUCCUGUUUAAGAAUUACGAACAACUAGUUUAAAUAUUGUAAUACCAUGUUCUUCUCCAGACUAGGGUUGAUUUGUUUUGCAGAACUUCUGCAGUGUGUUGGGGAAAUGGUCCUUCACUCUUACUGCUCUGGUGAUGUUAAUUUGGUCUCUAAUCAUUAAAGUGAGAACAUGAAAAUCC